CGUGUCUCUACUGGGCGAUAAUAGAAAAUUUGUGGAACAUUUAAAAAUUUUAAAAUGUCUAAAGUUUGUGUAAUAUUUGGAGGUUCGCGUGGAAUUGGGUUUGCUGUUGCCAACAUAAUGCUAGAGCAAUGUUUCAAGGUUGCAAUAGUCUCGAAAACCUCAACGAGUAUUGACAAUGCUUGCAAGAUUUUACACAGCAAAGCAAAAGGUGGUGCUUCAGUCCUUGGCUAUACCUGUGACAUUACACAAGAAGCAGACAUUAAUAAGACAAUUGCAGCAAUCACAAAAGAUAUUGGACCUAUUGCUAUAUUAGUGAACUCUGCAGGAAUCAACAAAGAUGGACUUCUGAUGAAAACAAAAUUAGAAACAAUUCAGAAUGUUUUACAAACAAACCUUAUUGGUCCUAUGCUGACAUCAAAAGCUGUCUUGAAGUCAAUGAUCCAACAGAAAGAAGGGUGUAUCAUAAAUAUAGGUAGCAUGGUUGGUCAGCAUGGUAAUGUUGGACAGUGUAGCUACAGUGCCUCAAAGGCUGGGCUAGUAGGUUUCUCUAAGUCCCUGGCCAAAGAGGUGGCCUCAAGAGGAAUAAGGUGCAAUGUCAUUGCCCCAGGGUUCAUUGAUACUGACAUGGUACAAGAUGUUGCCAAUAGAGAUAAGCUGGAGAAGCAUACCUUAUUAGGAAGGUUUGGUAAGCCAGAGGAAGUGGCCCAAGCUGUACAAUAUUUGGUGGAGGCAACAUAUGUCACUGGGCAGGUGUUGACUGUAGAUGGCGGGUUUAGUUUGAACCUGUGACAUCCCCAAAAAUGUAAUGUAGAAAAGAUGAACUGAUACUUCAAUGACAACAUUGGUUGUGACCUGCAGUAAUAUAAACUAGUUCCUGAUCAGACUAUACUGGAGCAAGUUGUUUGACGAUAUCGAUUGGAGCUGUGAAUCAAGCAAGAGAAUCGUAUAUCCAUGUAUUCAGAUGUAUACUUUGGAUUACUUGUUCGUUUAUCAAUCCCAAGCAGUUAUUCAGCAAGUACUGUAUAAAGGAUUUAAGGAAUGAAACUCAUAACUGGUG